AUGCACAAGUCCUUCACCGGCGUGAAUGCGCCUUCGACGUCGCAGCAGCAGCAAGUCGUACCGUCAGUUCCACCCUUUGCCCGUCAUCACCAAGUAGCCAAAAGCUCCAUCCUUGACAUCACGGCGACGCACGACGCAUACCUGUCGCUUCUCAACGCCGCACAACACUGUCAACCCUCGAGCACAUACAGCGGCAGCAGCGUAGCAGCAACAUCAGCAAAGUGGAAACGGACGGCUUUUUCUCAUCGUUGCAGCACCCUUCAGACACCUUCCCACCCUCCCUCCAGCAGCGGUGUGCAAAACCUCCACAGCGUCAGCCAGCAGCCAGCGCAGCAGCCACAUCAGCACUUAUACAACGCUACCCAGCAGUCGCACGAGCACGCGAGAAAUAUCAUCACACCCGUUCUGGACCUGUCAUUACCACUGCUGCAGCAGCAACUGAAGUCGUCGUCCGCCGCCAUACUCAACGGAGAGUCCCCUCGUGUGCACUUCGGCAGCGGCCCCUACUCACCCUUCACGCAGACAGAAGUGAACACAACGCCGCAGCCGCCUGAACCUGGCCACAGCAUUCAACCGCACUACGACAGCACAAGUCAUCAUAGGCUCUACCACACAGCCAACGCAAGCAGUGCACGGCAUGCUCUACAGGACCCGGCGACGCUGCAGCAGAACCAGCAGCACGGACUGCUGGAAGCCAGCGAUACGUGGAUCACCGCCACCGCUACCAUCCCUCCCUUGCCCUUUACGCCCUCCUCCAUCCGAUCCCUGACGACCAUCACCUCCCCUGGGAGCUCGUGCGAUGUAAGUGGCAAUGUCGUGCCAACACUGCGGGCUCCAAUUUCAGCGCCACAUGUACCUGGAGCAGCCCUGCCCAUGUCUAGCCAGUCGCAGGCAGCGCACUCGGUCGUGUCACACUCUCCGCAAACGGGGCCACCUUGUUCAUCUACCGCAUACCCGUCCAUGCACCCUAUCCUGAUCGGCCACUUGACACUGGAUAGGGGCACAGCAGCAGCUUUACAGGCAGCUACAGACAAGGCGCACACCUCUCUCCACCGCUUGAUGGACGCCAACGCGCCUGAAUUUUCAGGCACGACGUACUACCUUGAAGCUGUGCACGGCGGCGACAGCGCCGGCAACCACUCAGCGCAGUCCUACCCGUCGUUCAUCACGAUGGCGUCGCGUCAGCUGUUGCCUCAGCAGCACUACCUACAGCUCGCUCAACAAGAGCAGCAGCGGCAGCAGUUGGCCGUAAAGCAGAAGUCAGCGUACACCCGCCUCCCUGCGCAUGAUGGACAGAUCGGCCACUUCUUCACCCAUACCGCGACGGCCGCUACAAUGAGCCAGACACCGCCUUCGAUGCUGAGCGGUGUUGCGCCCUUGACCUCGCUGAACUCGAGUGCCGCCUGUGCUGAGCGAAUCAGAGCACUGCAACAGUCAUCCACCGAGGAACUGAGCAUCUGCAGAGACCAGGGUAGUUGGCACCAGCUACACGCUCAGCAGCAGCAACAGCAACAUCAACAACUACGCCCGAUUAGCGCGCUACAACCGACUACCGACGCGCGUGGAAUUACUCGCCGGAACCGAGACAGGGCUGUUCUCUUCGUGGGGCAGCUUAACUACGAGGCCACGGAAGCAGAUGUAUCGCAAGUGUUCUCCUGCUACGGCAAGCCGCUGAGCGUGGUGGUGCUGAAGGACAAGGGCAAGGCGGCCAAAAAGGGUGGCGACGGCAGUGCAACACCCCACCGAAAAGUGGGCGGCUCGGCGUUCGUGACGUACGGCACCACGCUGGAGGCUGACACGGCUAUAAUGGCGCUACAUGGUCGGUACAAUGCUAAGGACGAUGACUCCGAGAACGUCGACGAGUCCAAGUACCUGCAGGUGAGCUACGGCCAGCAGACGGGGAUGAUCUCGAGAUUUGGCGUUAUGCAUGCGGAAAAGUUGCAUGCGGAGAAGCCGGAAAACCCAAUUCCAUUUUUGGCGACAGACCGCAGGAAGGGAAAGCCGUGA